GUGGGCUAGGGUUUAUAUUUCCAUGGGGCAUCCUGGGAGGACGCUGGAAAUCCCGGUCCAGUCCGGCAAGGACACUUCUUCGUGCGCUCCCUGCGAGAGUGAGAUCCAGAUCACACGGAUCGGUGGAAAUGGAACGCGGCCGCCGCAGAAGCCGUGCUGUUCUUCGUGCUCCUCCGCCGGGUAUGAGAUUCCACCCCCGACUCCCGCUCCCUACAACAGGGCGCUGCCUAACGAUGUGGAAUUUCCACUCCCGGAGCCCGUCCCUCGGCUGGAUCUCAUGAGCGCGCGCCCGACGCCAAACAAGAACACCGUCUAUGAGAUUCCUCCGACGCCGCCGGGAGCUGCGACGCCGAGCAGCAAUGCCAGCAGAGACAAAUCGGUGAGAGUGAGGGAGAUUUCAGUCAUCUCAGCGAAGCCGCCGCACGAUCUAGACCGGAUUCGUGAGGAGCAUCCGAGCGUUCACAUCGAGGUGGAGGAGCCAAGCGACAUCACAAUUGGUGUGCGUAACAUCUCGGUGAACGGCGGGAAAGAUGAGAAAGGCAAGGAGACAAACAGAGAUGGCUACGAGGAGAAGGAAGCUCCUGCCGAGCAGAUGGGCUCGCCACCUUUGAUGGCUUCGGAGAAUUCGCUCAUCGAUUUCUCGCUCUUUCUGCUCAAGAAUGCGAGAUCUCGCGAGAAAGUCCGGCGGUCACUAGCCAAAGAUCUGAACGAGAAGAAGGGGGCUGCUGAACCCGAGGAAGAUCUGGAAGGCUUGCUUCGCAAAUGGGAAGCCGCGCAGCUGGAAGAAGCUGCGGCUGCUAGAGCCAAGGAAGAAGAGCUGCUUCGUGCUUCUCCCGCGGUGCCGAUGUUUCCCGGGAUCAAGGAGCUGCCUUUGCUAAACUACAUCAACGCGGAGGGGAAGAUCGAGCCUCAGUGCGACCCCAACACGGCUGUCAGUGCGUUUGCGGUGCUGGACAGGCUGAAGAAGGUGCAGUACAUCGGCAUUGCGAAGAGCCUCCGGAACAGUAUGAGGAAGAUAAUGGGGAGAAAGCCCGGCUUUUGCUACUACUACAAAGUUUAUCACUUGCCCAACGUGGAGAGCUUCCCAAAGCCGAACUAUGUCAAGCAAAGGGUACGUUUCUACUGGUUUUUUUGCACAGAUUUAAGAAGAUUUAACCGGGAACAUGAUCGUGAAUUGUCAGCUGUCUGUUUGAGCGUUCGUGUGAACAGUGGAUAGAAGAAUUGGGAUCGCCUCCACCCGGGAAUGCGGACGAGACGCAGAGAAAGCAAUGGGAGCAGCCUGCCGAGGUUUCUGUGGGUGCAGUUAUGGACAGGGG